AGCGAAGAAGAAGGAGGAUAAGUUCAGUCAUGGCGGCAUCUAUUGAGAGUUUGUUGGCAGGACUCUCUGGUAUUGAUGAUCCAAUUGAAGAGCUUCAGAGUUUGAAAACAGCUUUAUUGGCGAUACCCGUCAACGCUUUGAGAGACUCAGUGAGCGGACAGCGCUUCAAUGUGAUUUUCACCCUGCUGAACUCAAAUGACAGGGAGCAGGUUGAGCUGUGUGUGGACAUCCUUGAACACAUCUUAAUGGCCCUCAGCCCUGUAUCCCUGGCUCAGAACUACAGAGUGGAGCUGCAGGGGGGUCUGACUCAUCCUAAUGAAGCGGUUAAGAUCCUGGCUUUGACACAGAUUGGCAGAAUGGUGGAGCACCCCGACGCUACCACUGAAAUCCUCAACAACCACGACAUUCUUGAGACGGUGAUCCGCUGCAUUGGAGAAGAGAAGUUGGCUGUGGCCAAGCAGGCCAUCCAGUCCUUGUCUAAACUGAGUCACUCCAAGCCUGGGUUAGACAAAUUGUUCCACACCGACCUGCUGACUGUUAUGAAGGAUGUGAUGGCCAAAAGUGACACUAUCAGAUACAGAAUAUAUGAGCUGGUGGUGGAAAUCUCGUCUGUGUCUCCCAUUUCCCUCGGUUACUGUGCCAACAGCAGCUUAAUUUCUCAGCUGCUCGGAGAACUGACAGGAGAUGAUGUACUGAUCAGAGCCACAGCCAUUGAGAUGGUGACCACUCUAGCCCACAGUCAGCACGGCCGGCAGUAUUUGGCCCAGCAGGGUAUAAUGGACAAGAUCUCCAACAUGAUCAGGGGAGCGGAGACUGACCCUCUCUCCUCCCUCUACAUUCCCGGUUUGGUGAAGUUCUUUGGAAACCUGGCCAUUAUGGACAGCCCACAGCAGGUUUGUGAAACCUAUCCGAUCUUCCAGAACAAGGUGUUUGAGAUGGCUUUGGACCCGGACCCUGCGAUGAUCGGCGUGGCUCUGGACACCCUGGGGUUAGUCGGAUCGACUGUGGAGGGAAAGCAGGUCUUUCAGAAAACAGGAGAAAAGUUCAAGGCUGUGUUGACAAGAAUGAGCCAGCUUGCCAGCUCUGGAGCUACAGAGCUCAGAGUGCGCAGUUUGGACGCCAUAUCCCAGCUUCUCACUCUACAGCCAGAGCAGCAGACAGAAGACCUCUUGGCCCUGACAGAGUCCUGGUUCCACCUUUUGUCUAAGCAGCCCAUGGACAUGAUCAGCAACAUCAGCACUCAGCCGUUCCCAGAGCUGCACUGUGGGGCUCUGCGGAUAUUCUCUGCCAUUGCCUCUCAGCCGUGGGGUCAGAAGUUAAUGAUCAACACACCCAGUUUCAUGGAGUUCAUUCUGGAUCGUUCAACGGGUCAGACGAAGGAGGCCAAAGAUGCAAAGUUUGAACUGGUGGGGACACUUGUGUGUUCAUCCACAGCAGCAGAGAUACUGGGCAGCCAGCAUUACAUCCGUCUGAAGACGUAUCUCAGAGAGGGACCUUACUAUGUGUCAGCUGUGUCCAUAGUCAGCACAGAGGGAGCUGAGUGAAUCAAAUAAACUCCGAUACACUUGAUGAGUUUCUGGUUAAUGCUUAAGUAAUGGGUAAGUGCCUGAAUAAUCUAACUGUGGGUUAACAUACUCUGCUAUAAUAAACUCAUUCUCUGAUGAACACACAAACGGAUUUAACAAAUCGGUACAUGGUGCUCAGUUGAUUUAAACUUCCUGAAUCUUUCAACAUAAAUUGGCACAAUGCUUAUGGAUGUUUCACACUUUGAAACCUCACAUCUGCAUCAGGAAACAUCAACUGGUAAAGGAUGGUUUAAGUAUUUUGCUUCUGUCCGACUCCCUUUUGAGUAGCUUUAUAAACAUAUGGCUUAUUCAUUUGGGCAGACUUUGUUUUUGGUCAUAUUAAGUCACUACAGCUAUAAAUAUACAUACAGUAGGGUGGCAAGUAAAGUAUCGAAAUAUAAGAGUAAAGACACAAAAUCCAUGUACCUUAAAGGGGCACUCCAUUGGUUUAUACAUCAAGUUCAGAUUAUUUAUUUAUUUAUUUAUUAGAGAUAAGGAUUACUACUCAGCCUGUGAAAAAUUUUCUAAUGUCAUCUGGGUUAUCUCAGUUUCAGCCAAAAGGCGAUCUCUGGGACUAAAAAGAUGAAACCAUCAGGAAAGUGCCAAAAACUGCAGUUCCUCUAAUGGCCACUUGAGGCUGGCUCCAAAAGGGAGUCAAUCUUGAUAGACCCUUAUUAUAACAUGCCCAACUCAACAGCAAAAAAAAAAAAAAAACAUCUUUACAUCUUGGUACAAUAAACAGUUUUGAUCUCUAUAGCUGAUUUCCCCCUCCAUGACAGCUGCACAGGGGGUGAAUUCUUAAAUAACGCACCCAUUUACUUAAUGUUAAAAGAUUCAGGAAGUUUUAAUCACCCCUCGCUCCUCCAAAUAUGGUCACUUCUGGCUCCAAAAAAUGAUCUGAAAGCCUGUGUUACAAACUGGUUGUUUGGAGUUUGACAGACUUGGUUCUAAUGGAAGAUGCUGUUGAGUUGCAUUAUGGGAAAUGAAGGAUCCAGUGUGUUUGAAGUUUGGUCCAUGUUAGGGACUAGAAAUCAGCUACUUUGAUUUUCUCGUGGUUUUUUUUUUUUUUUUUUUUUU